UCUUUUUCACGUUUUGCCAAGAAAAAGAAGUGGCACCGGCAAUCGGCAUGUAAACUGUGCCAGCCCAAACAAGAGGCAUGACUCGGCCAUAAUUUCCCUUUCAGUAUAUUCGCCGAAACUCAGAUCAAAUAUCAAAAACCCAACCAAAAACCAGACCUUUACAAACCCUGAGAUUUUUGUAACAAAAAAUCUCUCUCUCUCUCUCUCUCUCUCUCUCUCGGAUCUCUAUAAAAGAGAAAUGGCACCAGUGUCAGCUCUAGCAAAGUACAAGCUGGUGUUCUUGGGGGACCAGUCAGUGGGUAAAACCAGCAUCAUCACCCGCUUCAUGUACGACAAGUUCGACAACACCUAUCAGGCUACAAUAGGUAUUGAUUUUCUAUCAAAAACUAUGUAUCUUGAAGAUCGAACUGUUCGGCUGCAGUUGUGGGAUACUGCUGGACAGGAAAGAUUCAGAAGUCUCAUUCCAAGCUACAUUAGGGAUUCAUCUGUUGCUGUCAUUGUGUAUGAUGUUGCUAGCCGGCAAACUUUCCUAAACACUUCAAAGUGGAUAGAAGAGGUUCGCACUGAGAGGGGCAGCGAUGUCAUCAUUGUCGUUGUUGGGAACAAAACCGACCUUGUGGAGAAGAGGCAAGUUUCCAUAGAGGAAGGAGAAGCCAAAGCUCGUGAGCUAAAUGUCAUGUUUAUUGAAACCAGUGCAAAAGCUGGCUUUAAUAUAAAGGCAUUAUUUCGGAAAAUUGCUGCUGCCUUACCGGGAAUGGAGACACUCUCUUCAACAAAGCAAGAAGACAUGGUUGAUGUGAACCUGAGGUCUACUGGUGGUGGUGCAUCACAGUCCCAGCCCCAGUCAAGUGGAUGCUAUUGUUGAAAAUUGUGCUCUUUUCUUGCCUUUUGGUUUCCAACCAUCUUUGCUCCAGAUCUGUAAAGGUUUCGUUAGAUUUCCUCUUCCUUAAUGUACUUGUUGUGGGUAGUCUUUCAACGCGGCGCUUUUGAAACUCUCUUAGGAAUACAUGGGUCUGAAGAGCUAGGAGUAGAACUAUGAUCGUGGAAUAUGCUGUGUUGAUUAGAUGGCCGUAAUCUGUGAGAUGUGUAGUAAAAUUUACUGACUUGAAUAGAUUUUGGUAUUUACCCAUUUCUGCUAUAUGUACUGAGCACAUUCUAAACUGCUUUUUGGCUUGUAUACUAGAAGUUUUUGAGUCGGUUCCUUUUAUAUCAGAAACUGGAAGUUGUCUGCAAUUAUUGUUACCUGCAAGAUAUUUC